AUGGUCAGUUUUGACAACCUGAAGAAAGCUCUUAAGGAGUGGGACACGGCGAACACGUCGUCCUUAAAUCAACCGCUAUCGGAUACACAGUACAAUGCCGGUUUCGACAUAUUAAUGCAUGGAGCAGAAUGGACGUCAUACCAAGACUUUAUUAUUCCACAACUUAAUGAACUUCUGACAUCUCUAUUGAAAUCGCGUUCCAGUCUUUCGGUACUUGAGAUCGGGCCUGGUUCUAAAAGCAUACUUGGUUAUCUGCCCAUUCAUUUAAGACGGAAGAUUAAAACAUACACUGCAUUUGAGCCUAAUCUGCUUUCAGCUACAAGAUUAGAAGAUUGGCUUUGCUCUUCAUCAAGAUUGGGUUCCCCGCUGCCUCUUUUAGAAAGGCCACCUAAUAUUUAUCGAGCGCCUUUUGCUCUUGAUAUUGAGCCAAGGGUUGACACACAGACUAAUGAUGGGAGAGGAUUCAACCUUGUUCUUUUCUGUCAUAGCAUGUAUGGUAUGAAUCCCAAGCAUAAAUUCGUACGGCAUGCGCUAGAUCUACUUGUUCAAGGUCCAGAAGAUGGAAAAGUAGUGAUUUUUCACCGCGACGAAGCUCUUGAUCUUGACGGAUUGGCUUGCGAGCGCACAGCGAUUUUCCCUACUGCAAUUGUUACUGUGGACAAUGACGACGAGAUACUUGAUAAUUUUGUUCCUUUCAUCGGGGGUUACGUUAAGCAGGACGUGGAAGCAGACGAGGCUGUUCGAAGCGCGUGGAUAAAAAUAUGUCGCGCCUUAACUUGCAAUGAGGAAACACGUCAAAGCUACCUCUCGUUCAGCUCACCUCAACGUAUGGUGUCUUUCAAUAGACGUUCGAUCGACCUACCCAAUCAAAACUCACAAUCCGGGCAGAUGAGAACGAAGAGAAAAGUCAAAAACUGGGAAGCUCGCUUGCACCAACCGACUGAUGUCUUCAAACCAACAACGGUACAGCAAGUCCAACAGCUUGUCCAAUGGGCUUUGGAGCAUAAUUUUGGACUCACUAUUAUCGGUGGGGGCCACAGUGGUCAUUGUAUGUGGCCCAAUGUUGUUUCUGUCGACAUGGAAGCGCUUAACCAAGUACACAUUAUAAAGUCCAGUGACGAUGUAGGCAAAACCGAUAAUUACUCCACAUCUAACUAUUUGGUUGUAGCUGAGGCAGGGUGCAAGACUGGAGACAUCGUCCGGAAGGUCACGCCGUCGGGUUUCGCAGUGCCUCUGGGGUCCCGCCCAAGUGUAGGUGCUGGUUUGUGGUUACAAGGCGGCAUUGGUCACCUAACUAGGCUUCAUGGACUUGCAUGCGACAGCAUCGUAGGUGCUGUGAUUGUCAGUGUUGACUCUGGUCAAGUUUUUUAUGUCGGACAAGUACCAACCGAAUAUGUGCCAGCUGGAGGAGUGCGCCCCAAAGACGAAACAGAUUUGUUAUGGGCAAUAAGAGGAGCUGGAACUAACUUCGGUGUUGUGAUUAGCGUUACUUUCAAGGCUUACCCCGCUCCGACCUAUUCUGUCAGAAACUGGGUAUUCCCAAUGAGGUCCAAAACUUCGGCAAGGAAAAUACUUUCCGAUGUCGACUCUAUUUCCAAGAAUCUUCCUCAGAACUGGUCCAUAGACGCAUAUCUCUACUGGGACUUUGACCAGCUGCAUAUUGGGGUGACAACGUUCGAAGUUUCCACAACCAUACCAGAAGCCGAGACGCCGAAAUUUUUAACCAGCAUCUUGGGAUUAGAGAACAAACAUAAAAUGGUGGACGGUGUCGGUUUGUUCGAGACUGAAAUGUACAUGUCUGAGAUGCACGGCGGACACGGUUGUGGCAAAACCUCCUCCUUCAAACGAUGCUUAUUCUUGAAGAGCAUUGCACAGGUGAACAUCGCGAAUAUUUUGUUAGCAGCAAUCUAUGCUCGCCCUUCGCCACUCUGUUAUUUUCAUCUACUGCAGGGUGGUGCAGCAGUGCAUAAUAUAGCAACAGAAGCCACGGCUUUCGGCUGUCGUGAUUGGAAAUUUGCCUGUGUUAUAACUGGCGUGUGGCCUUGCGAUCAGAAUGGAACGGAAACUGCUCAAACUGCUGUGCAGUGGGUUUAUGAUGUCGGGAAAAACUUGUUGCCCUUUUGUUGUGGAGUGUACGGCGCCGACCUUGGGCCAGACCCUAGGGACAAAGCAUUGGCGGCUAAAGCUUUUGGGCCAAAUCUGCCACGUCUAGCCAGCCUGAAGCGUACUUUGGAUCCACAAAAUGUGAUAGCGUACGCCUGUCCGCUCCAAGAACCACUGGUGAAACAAAAGCUCGUCAUUCUUGUCACGGGUGAUAGCGCAGCCGGUAAAGAUUAUUGCGCCGACAUUUUUGUCUCCGAAAUAACCGCAUGCCCCUAUCAAGCAUACACAGCAUGUUCAGCAAGUAUCAGCGAUGUCACCAAGCGAGAAUAUGCGACAGCUACUGGAGCAGAUCCGGAUAGGCUUCUUUCCGAUCGUUCCUACAAGGAGAAACAUCGUCAAGCUUUGACUGUAUUUUAUCACGAUCAGGUGGCAAGACGACCUCAGCUGCCAAUGGAACACUUUCAGAAUAUCGUUCAUGAAUUUGGCGAUGUUGAUGUGUUGUUAAUUACUGGAAUGAGAGAUGAAGCACCUGUAGCGACAUUUGCGCAUCUCGUACCAGACAGGAGGCUUCUUGACGUUCAGAUCAAAGCUAGCCAAGAGAUGCAGUCGACUCGCAAAGAGUAUCACUCCGGCGGUAACGAUAAUGAUGAAAAUAAAAAUGCACGUAGCAAGAGCGAAUUGAACUCGAAAGCCCUACGCUAUCGCCCUAGCCUCAUCUUCGACAAUGAAAAAGAUGGAAGCGAGGCGGCGAAAACAUUUGCCAAGCAGUAUCUCCUUCCAUUCCUCCACGACGACCUGGCGCGACUAGCUGGUAUGGUACGUGCAGUACCGGAUUCCCCGCGUCCUGGGAUACUCUUCCGCCAUGUGCUUGAUAUCUCUCAACAGGCGGGUGGACUUACCUUGGUCACCACUCUCCUACAAAAUCAUUUCAGUGGUGAAUGGACUAAGGUCGACAGAUUGGUUUGUUGCGAGACUGGCGGGUAUGUAUUUGCAUCACCUUUGGCGAUGAUGCUUGGUAUGCCAUUGGCCCUGAUUCGUGAAUCUGGCAAACUUCCCCCACCUACCAUCUCUACCCCAAAAUCCCCAUCACAUAUAUCUUCUACGGGAUUACAAGAGUCAAAAGAGAAGAGAUUUGAAAUGAAUCAGGAUCUAGUUUCCAAAGGUACUUCAGUGGUAAUAGUGGACGACGUGCUCGCGACCGGAAAGACACUUUGCGCGGUGCUACAGUUGUUGAUUAAAGCUGGUGUUUGUGUUGAGGAUAUCAGCAUCAUGGUCGUUGCUGAAUUCCCUGUUCACCGUGGUCGAGAAAUGUUGCGGCAACAAGGUUUUGGAGCAGCCAAUAUCCAAAGCCUUUUAGUCUUUAAUGGUUUCUAG